AUGCCUUCACCACGGUCCCUUCACCAGCACAUCAGGCGGCAGCAGUCUUUGCCAGUCGGCAUCAGGCGCUACACGGACUACACCGUCUUUGUCCUUCAUCGACAACAAUGGAGCGUGCAGUCCUGGCUCCAGGAGCAAGCCUCCCGGAGCAAGUUCGACGGCUAUCGAGAUAGCCAGCAGUUCUCGAACGUCAAGGUCACCGCGGCACCGGCGCCGACAGCCUGCAGCGCCGCCCCCGAGGCGGGGCGGAACGGCGAUGUCGUCUACGACCCGCAGGACGCCUCCGCGGACUGGUCGGGCUUCGCUCCUCGACAUACCGCUGGCCGCCGAAUGCACCACACCGGGCUACCUGCCGCUCACAGAGAAACGAUAGUCCGGUCGGAGGAACACGGAAUAGUUCCGGCAGCCGACACCGUCACAGAGGACUCCGUGAAGACGCGCAGGAGGGCCGUCGCCCACCCGCCACGGGCCGGGGAAGGUUUGGUGCUCGGAGGAGCCGGGGCGCCAGAGCCACGGGAGAGGUUCACCACGGUGGCUCGCGCGGCCAACGAGCGGGAGUCCACUCCUUUGGACAUGAAGAGCGAGGAGUUCAGGUAUCAGAAGAACGCCGGCAAGAAACACAUCAUCCCACCAUACGAGCUGACGGGAGGUGCGACGAAGACGACGCAAGGGGCGACGCGGUCGGGAUGCGGGGGCGGGAGACAACAACCAGACGGGGGAAGCGGAGGCCCUUCGCUGCAGAGCCGCCCCCCGUUCCCUUCCGGCCCUGGGCAAGGUCCCCACGAUCCUUCCGGCGGCGGCAGGGCGAGGCCGGUCGGUCCAGGGUCUUUUCUGGAGGGGCUGGGGCGCCAGGUUGCGGAAUCCGGCACCGCCGGUGGCGUUGUGUUUCCCCUCGGUACCAGAAGAAGAGAAAGAGGCGCUGAGGCCGGGGAAGGGGCUGCUGCGGCAACGGGGGAGCUCCGGGAGGAGGUUAGCCGAAGGAAGGAGCUGUACGCGGCGAACUAUCUCACGUGUGGUUGA